CCUGGCUCAGGUGGAGGGAAAUAUAAACCCGGGGCUCUCAGGUGUCUCUCUGUAGGGGAGAUGCUCCCUGGGAGACAUGGCCUGUGCCCUUCUCUUCUGUCUUUUCCUGCUUCUAGCCCUGGAAGUCCCUUUCCUGGGCAACUGCUUCGGCCCCAUGUCUCGCUUACGUUAUUCUAGGUUCCUAGAUCCUUCCAAUGUCGUGUUCCUGCGUUGGGACUUUGACCUUAAGGCUGAAUUCAUCACUUUUGAGCUCCAAGUCCGCACAGCUGGCUGGGUGGGCUUGGGUGUCACAAAUCGCUACACCAGAGCAGGCAGUGACCUGGUUGUUGGAGGAGUCUUAUCCGACGGCAAUGUCUAUUUUUCGGAUCAGCACCUGGUGGACGAAGACACUCUGAGAGAAGACGGCAGCCAGGACGCCGAGCUGCACGGGCUGACGGAAGGUGCUGUCUACACCACCAUGCGCUUCUCCAGGCCCUUCCGCUCCUGCGACCCUCAUGACCAGGACAUCACGGGUGACACUGUGAGGGUGAUGGCUGCCUACGGCCUGGAUGACACCCUGAAACUGGAUCGGAACCGGAUUUUUGUCAAGUCCAUCUUUCUGCUACAAGUAGUCCAUCCUGACGAUCUGGAAGUCCCUGAGGACACCAUCAUCCAUGACUUGGAGAUCACUGAUUUCCUUAUUCCAGAGGAUGACACCACAUACGCCUGCACAUUCCUCCCUCUGCCCAUUGUUAGCAAGAAGCAUCACAUCUACAAGUUUGAACCCAAGUUGGUCAACCACAACGAGACGAUGGUGCAUCACAUCCUGGUGUACGCCUGUGGCAACGCCAGCGCCCUCCCGACCGGCAUCAGCGACUGCUACGGGGCCGACCCUGCCUUCUCCCUCUGCUCCCAGGUCAUCGUGGGCUGGGCUGUUGGGGGCACUAGUUACCAGUUUCCCGAUGACGUGGGCAUCUCUAUUGGGACCCCCUUGGACCCUCAGUGGAUCCGCCUGGAGGUUCAUUACAGCAACUUUCACAACCUUCCUGGUGUGUACGACUCCUCAGGCAUCCGUGUGUACUACACCAGUCACCUGCGCAAAUACGACAUGGGCGUCCUCCAGCUCGGCUUCUUCACAUUCCCCAUCCACUUCAUACCCCCAGGCGCCGAGUCCUUCAUGUCCUACGGGCUGUGUAAGACGGAGAAGUUUGAAGAGAUGAACGGGGCGCCCGUCCCUGACAUACAGGUAUACGGCUACCUGCUGCACACCCACCUGGCUGGCCGGGCUCUGCAGGCCGUGCAGUACAGAAAUGGAACACAACUCCAAACCAUCUGUAAAGAUGAUUCCUACGACUUCAACCUGCAGGAGACUCGAGAUCUACCUGCCCGAGUGGCAAUCAAGCCGGGAGACGAAUUGCUGGUAGAAUGCCACUACCAAACCCUGGACCGUGAAGCCUUGACUUUUGGAGGUCCCAGCACCAUCAAUGAGAUGUGCCUCAUUUUCCUCUUCUACUACCCUCGAAAUAACAUCUCCAGCUGCAUGGGGUAUCCUGACAUCAUCUACGUGGCACAGGAGCUUGGGGAGGAGGUAUCAGACUCCAUGGAGGGCAUGAUGGCCAUGAACAAUGUAGAAUGGACCCCAGAGAGCAUUAAGAAGGCUGAGCGAGCCUGCAAAGAGGCCAGACAGACGGUGAUAAUAAAGACUAUUGAUGAGGUGGUGGAAAACACUACAGGCUGGAUUCCAGACAUCAUCCCUACUCCUCGGGGCCCCUGCUUGGAGUCCUCUGGAGGCAAAGUGGAGCCCCAGGACAAGACCCCUGCAGGCUUCAAGGCUGCCCCAGUGGCCCUCUCUGGCUCCAGCACUGUAUCCCUGAGGCGCCUCCCACUGGUAGCCCACCUGCUGGUGCAGGGCAUCCUCUCCUGGCUCCUUGCCAUGCUGCGGACUGGAGGCUGA